UGUUCAUAGUAAUAGCAGCGCGAGUUGGGAUAUGCUUCAUUAAACGGCACUGAUCUAUUUCCAAAAGUAAUUUAUACGCUUUCAUAUUAAAAUAACGGAUUAUUAAUUUGAUAUUGUCCUUUUGAUUUGGUCUUAAUAAAAACAGCGCUUUCUUUAACUAUUCUUAGUGUAAUAUAAUAUUAUAAAUCAGGAUUAAAGUGAUUUUUUUCUAAAAAAUUGCAUGAAAAAAUCUUGUUUUUCCGAAUUUACUGAAUUGGGCUUUUCUGUAGUUCCACAUCUAAUGUUCGCCAGGUGUGCUUCGCAUAUGCAAAAGCUUUUGCCAAAACAAAGCCAAUGCAAUAUUUUGGUGCGAUCAUUAUGGAGUUAACACUGUUGAAUAAGGUCUCAAGAUUUAAAAGUAUUUUAAAUUGUUUAGCACAAUUAAUCUGUCUAGAAAUUGGCAAUACUCAGAUACAAGUAUAUUUUAUAAUUAUGUAGCAGCGAUUAUCGACUUAUUAUAUGUGCAUGUACAUAUGUAUGUAUACACAAAUACGUUUACUCAUUGUAUUGAGACAGUGACUGUCGAGUACUUUUUCCACCAUUGGUCCAUAUAAUAGCUGUUCUGUAGCCGACAUUUUCAGUAUAUUCAUAGCUCUGUCUUCCAUCGAACCAAUCGUGCUGAGUAAAAUGUAUCAAAUCACUAAGCACUUGGUAAGCAAUCUUCUGUUAUUCACAAUAUUCUCCGCCUUUGGGACCAAAACAACAGCUACCGAUCCAAAUAUUAUUCGCAAAUCGCAAUGGAACGGCGUUGAGUCGAUUAAUGAGCUCGGUAAUCAGACAUUGCCUAUUGGGCGCGUUAUUAUUAUACACACAGCUGGUGCAAGUUGUCAAGAUGUGGUCAGCUGCUCGCAGCAAGUGCGUAAUAUUCAAAAAUAUCAUCUAGACUUACAUUACGAUGACAUUGGAUACAACUUUUUGGUCGGCAACGAUGGGAAUGUAUAUGAGGGGCGCGGUUGGGAUCUCAUGGGAGCUGCCGUUAAAAACUACAAUAAUGGUAGCUUAAGCGUGGCAUUCAUUGGCACAUUUGAGAAUUAUCCACCCACAGACCAGGCAUUAGAGGUUGCUCAGUCUCUGUUGGCAAUGGGUGUGCGCACGGUCAAAUUGGUAGAAGAUUACAAGGUGUUGGGACACCGUCAGCUGUCAGCAACCCUAAGUCCGGGCACCGUGUUAUAUAAGAUAGUCAAACAGUGGCCCCAUUGGUCUCAUAGAAUAUGAUAACAUCUAAGAGUGUGUUUACGAACAUAUAUCGUUCAUUACAAAAUCAAAGCGUUUGCAACACAGGCGAUUUGAACUGGACACUGCUAAAGGGAGUAAGCACUUCAUCAAUUAUAAUAAAAAUAAGCGUAUGUAGUCAGUUUCAUGCCAGUUAUUGCCAACGUUUUAUUUUAAUUUUACUUUCACAGUUCUAUUGGAAAAUUCAGUAAAUGUAAUUGCGUACAUCGUGGCAUUAAUUAAAUAUAACAAAAAAAAAAAAAAACUGCCGUUUCUAUUUAACGGUUUUCUUAAAUAAAAUUAUAUGUACUUCAACAAAUGUAAGUAUGUAUUUUCUAAAAGUGCUGAAAGUAAAAUUGCCUGCUUAUUAAAUAAAUUAAAAUAUAGUUACAUUCAAAUGGCAAACUAUGUACAAUGCAGUUGAUUUUCACACAUAUUUUACUCGUAUUUUACACAUUAGAUUCGAGCCACUAGUAUCGGUAUAUGUGUAACUCAUAGACUAAACCUCCAUUAUAAUGCUGCAUAUCAAAUCAAGACAAAAACUAUAGAAGUAAUA